AUGCUCUUCACCUCGGCAAUCACCACCCUCCUGCUGGCCUCCAGCGCCGCGGCCCUGCCCCCGCACCACGUCGGCGUCGCCGCCGUCAACAGCACCGCCGCCCACCUCGAGACCCGCGGCUCCCUGACCAACAUCACCGAGGCCGUUGUCCCCCGCAGCCUCAACUUCACCGGCAAGCCCAUCCUUCCUCGCAACUGGAACAGCACCGUCUUCCCCCGCCUGGCCCUCGACAAGAACACCACCGAGGGAAUCUUCGACAAGCGCGAGCUCCCCGUCGUCGAGGGCGUCGCGGCUCCCACUGGCAUCAUCAAGCGAGAGGCCAGCCCGACCGGCUUCGUCAAGCGGUCUUUCGGCACCGGUACGCCCUUCCAGGCCUAA